AUGGGUAAAGAUUCUGACUCUUUUCAUAAGAAUGCUGUAAGAGCCUGUGACGACUUGAUGAAGCAACCCCAGCAUAUACAAAAUGCUGUUGAAAAUUAUACUUCAAAACAAAUUGCAGACAACCGUCUACGAGUCAAAACUUCAAUUGAAGCAGUUCGAUGGCUUGCAUUUCAAGGUUGUGCUUUUAAAGGUCAUGAUGAAAGCGUUGAUUCAAUCAAUCCUGGUAAUUUUGUGAAACUCUUAGAAUUGUUGGCUUCAUAUAAUGAAAAAGUUGCUGAAGUUAUAUUACAGAAUGCUCCAAGAAAUGCUUCUUACACAUUGCCAAAGAUUCAAAAACAAAUGUUACAAGCAUUUUCAGUAAGAGUAAAAAAGGCCAUUCGGGAAGAAAUUGAUAAUUCAAAAUUUUGCAUAAUUGUUGAUGAAGCUCGUGAUGAGUCAAAGAAAGAGCAAAUGGCUAUAGUAUUGAGAUUUGUUGACAAAGAUGGUUUUAUUCGGGAGCAUUUUUUUGGACUUGUUCAUGUGUCAGACACCAAGACAUCAACAUUGCAAAAGGCAAUAUAUUCAGUCUUAUCAAAUCACAAUUUAGAUAUCCAAAAUAUUCGAGGCCAAGGACACGAUGGUGCAAGUAAUAUGCGAGGUGAGUGGAAUGGGCUACAAGCUUUGAUUUUGAAGGAUUGUCCGUAUGCAUACUAUGUUCAUUGUUUAGCACAUAGAUUGCAAUUGGCUUUAGUAGCAGCAUCGAGAGAAGUUAUUCCUAUCCAAAAGUUUUUUACUAAAUUGACUUUUAUUGUCAAUAUUCUCGGUGCUUCAUGCAAGCGUAAUGAUGAAUUUCAAAGUGCUCAAGCAGAAGAGAUUGCAUAUUUGACUUCAAUUGAUGAACUUGAGACCGGAAGAGGACUUAACCAAAUUGGAACCUUGCAGCGUGCUGGAGAUACUCGUUGGAGUUCGCACUUCAGAUCUAUUUCUAGUUUGAGACAAAGAUUUAGCCCAACUUGUCAGGUUCUUUUGAACAUAAUUGAGGAAGGGAAGAGUCCUCAAGCAGGAGAUGCAGAUUCAGCUUAUGAGUCAAUGACAUCGUAUCAAUUUGUCUUCAACUUACAUCUCAUGGAAGAAAUUAUGGAGAAUACUAAUGAACUUUGUCUAGCUUUGCAAAGUCAAUCUCAAGACAUUUUGAAUGCCAUGAGUCUAAGAGCAAUAUCCAAGCCAGCCAAAUCCGCCACUCCUCUAAGAGCAGCUCUCCACCUAGCUAUCUCAUCUCUAGCUUCAUGUUUCUCAAACGCAUGA